CCCAAGCUUUUAGAUUAUAAUAUAUGGUUUGGCUUUUAAUCGAUAAAGUUUUACAAACUAUGAUAAAAAUAAACUAUAAAGCAUGCAGAGAGAGGCAGAGAGAGAGAGAGAGAGAGAGAUUCCUCUAAUGGGUUUUUAUUAUAUAUCAGAUCAAGUUUGUGCUUGCAAUACCAAUAACACACUACAAUUACCAAGAAAGAAAGAUAAAUCUUAUAAUCAGAAACAAAUUUUCUUUGAAGUUUAACUUAAGAGGCCACUCUUGUUCUAAUUUUGAAGCUUCACUCUUUCUCUCUCAAGUCUCAGAUUUCUUCGCGUGCAAUUGUGGAAACAAAUAUCAAACCGGAUAGAAUCAUAAUCACUCCAACGAAGAUUCCCAAUUUUUUCUAAUACUAUUGCAUUCUCGGAGUCUAGAUUUGAGUUCGAGACAGCCGACUUAAUUAAAAGAGAUCAGAGUCAUCUUAUUCAGAAACUUUCAGAUACAUAUCGAAUGCAAGAGAAUCAUAUGGAUGAAAACCCAAAUGGAGUUUCACAUAGCAAAACUACAACUCAUAAGGCUCGUAGCAAAGGCAAGGAACCCACCAACAAGAGGUUUGCCAACAUAGACGAUGGCGAAACGGAUUUAAUAGAAUGUUCCGGAAAGUAUUGCAAAUCAUGCACAACAGGAUUAAUAGCUGAUUGUGUUGCAUUAUGUUGUUGUCCUUGUGUUGUGUUACAUUGUUUUGCAUUGGCAUUUAUAAAGGCACCAUGGAUUAUGGGAAGGAAGUGUUUGGGAUUAGGGAAUAAAAACAAGAAUAAAAACAAAAGUGGUUGUUGUCAUAAGAGGAAAUGUAUAAAGGGACAUAAAGAUGUUGAUGUUGUGUUGGAAGGAAAUAAAGAAGUGGAUUUGAAGAUGAUGUGGCCAACAUCACCAAUGGAUAGUGUUAAUGUUGGAUUUGAAGCUGAAAAAGUUUGGCAUGAGUUGUACCAAAUUGGUCAUUUAGAUUUUGGAAGGGUUUCAUUCUCAGGUGAAUAAUUUUAUUAUUUUUUACUCAUUUUUUUGUUGUUUGCGUAAGUUAGGAUUGAUAGCGAGUUUGAUAGAAUUACACUGAGUCAAUGUAAUUUUAGCAAAAAUUAUACUUUAGAGACGGCGAUCCUAACGAUGCACUUUUCGAGUCAAUGAAGAUAGUGAUUUGGAGAGGAUGCGAAAAAAUUCAACAUCAUAUUAGAAUGAUAGAAAGUAAGGGUAGUAGUUUUUUUUCAAAUAGGAUAAAUUUAAUUAUUAUUAUUAUUUUUGUAUUAGGUGGUUU